AGCAUGUGAGUAUCGGAGAGUAGAGUAUGAGGGACCGUGUUCACUCCUUCAGCCGGCAAGUUGACGAUCAAGAAGCAAAUGAAGGUAGGCCUACAGUAGUAGACUUUCAUUCGGACGGUGGUGUAGACGAGGUGAAGAAGUUCCUGAAGGAAGCUCAGCACACUAGGGAGAAAAUAGUGGCGAUAGAAGAGCUAGUGAACCAGAUACGCGAGUACCAUGGCAAAAUUACAGGAGCUGCAGCUAGAAAUGAAGAGGUUCACAAAAAGUUAAAUCUAGCUAUGGAUGAGAUCAGGAGGUUGUUUGACACAGUGAAAGAAGCUUUGAAGAGAAUGGAGCAAGAGUCCAAAUCACUGUCACAGAAGAAGGAUGCUGAAUUAAAACGACCUGCUGACAUCAGAAUAAUGAGUUCUCAGUAUACAUCUCUGCAGUGCUGGUUCUUUGAGACGUGGACAGAGUAUAAUGAGUGUCAGAGUGAUUACAGAGAGAAAUGCAAGGAGAAACUUACCCGACAGAUUCAGAUUACGGAAAAGAAAGUUACACAAGAAGAAAUCAAUAAAAUGAUCGAAAGUGGAAACUUCACUGUCUUCUCUUAUAAUGCUCAAUUCCAGCCUAAAGACAUUGAAGAAAUGGAAAGUAGGCACAACGACAUAACGAAACUCGCAGAAAGUUUAAAGCAACUGCACGAAAUGUUCAAAGACUUGGCGCUGAUGGUAGAGCAGCAGGGUGAGAUGUUGAACAACAUCGAGAAGAACGUGGACCAGGCUCGUGACUACGUUGCGGACGCGGAGCGGGAAUGUCACCAAGCUGUAGACUUAACCAAUAAGUGGAGGAAGAAAAAGCUGAUUUGCGGUGUGGUGAUACUGAUAAUCGUAGUAAUCGUUGGAGCGGUGAUAGCUAUAGUAGUACACUUACAAUCCAAAUAAUUAACUGUACAUAAUAAUACUUUAGUCCUGUAAAUAUGCCACCAAUUAUAUUAUACAUACACUCAAAUAUUUUGUACCACCUAUAAAGAGUAAUAAUACAGUUAUUUUGUGAUAAAUUAUGUUAUCCUACCUGAGCUUGGAUUGAAAUCUGGGUAUUUGAAUUUCACUUCACACCAUAUACUAAACGGUUUAUUUUGAUUACUGAUUUUACCUCAACAGAAUCGCUGACACGCAAGCUUGUUUUUUUGAUUAUUUCAAAGUUGUAACGUUAUUUAAUUAGAGGUUCGUGCUGGUAACGAACCUAAUUACUCUGCAACUAGAGUAUUAUUUACAUUAUUUAAUGCAUAUUGUUAAUUUUAUCAGCUAAAAUUCAAUUUCAUUAUGGUUCAGUUGACAUUUAGAUUGGUCCGAUCUUUACUGUUCUGCAGUCGAUGACGAUCCAAUAAUAACUAUCUUUUUCGAAUUUAAAUUAAUAAAUAACAUUUUAUUUUUGGAUAUAAUUGUAAUUGCUAAUUGAAAUUUCGCCACAGAUAAUAAUAACAGUAAUAAUUAUAAUAUAAUUCAAUUAACCUACUUACUUAUUGUUUUACUCAGGGGUGUAGUUUACAUUUUCAGCUGCUCUGAUCGCUGGCUAACUUAAGAAACAGAGAGAUUUGUUGGGUUUUCAUGAUGUUGAUUUUUGGCGAAAUUCGCCUGCAAAUUUAGAGUUUUCUUAAAUAUCCAAAUUUAACUAGUUUAAUUCGAGUUUAACAAAUUUAACGUGUUUCCACAUCGAUUGUAUAUGCUCUUUAAUAGUUUGAAUAUUUGAAAUAUUUGAAUGUUUACAAUUAUUACAUACUUCAAUAAAUAUGGUGGGGAGAUAGUUCUUAUCAUCUUGAGUAUUAGUGACUUUAUUUCGUUACUGCAUUACAUUUGCAAUACGAUAUUUAAUAUUUAUUACAAUUCAAUUUC